AGCAGAAUGCCUAUCAUUUUUUUUAAGGUUGAAGAUCUUUUUAUUGAAAUUUUGUGUUUGGACGAGAUGAAAGUAAAAUUCAAACCAUUUAAAUUCUUUGUUCGUUGCUUUCAAUUUUGUUUGUUGGGUUUGUUGAAUUUUAUCGAUAUUAACAACCCACCCAUGCAAAGCAAUUGGCUUAGGGAUUUUUUCCAAUGCUGGGGCUGAAAAACUGUUGCACCAGAUUAUGACCGGCUUUUAAUGUGGUCGGGGGUAAAGCUUGGAUCACCAUCUUAAGAUUUGUAAACAAGAAUUGUGCUUGAAUGGACCAGAUACUCGUUAGAAAAAAGAAUUUGAUUAUAUUUCCUUUGAGCCGCCAUACUGUAGUGAGCUGUGCGAGAGAUUUGAGCCUUGGGGCGUGCUUCUCCAAGUGUCCCCCAAAACCAUUAGAUUACAACUUAUGAUUAUCUAUAAUUAUGACUUCGAAAUGGCAGAGGCUAUUGGUUCAAUCCCACCCUCUGCAACGCUAGUCUGCGGAAAAAUUCUAGACCGGGUGAUUUCAAUGAUCUUGGGAUUAUACUUACUUGCAAGAGGAAUCAUUGUAUGCUGGACAUAUUGUUGUCAUUGAUGUCAAAGGAUGUUUGAUGUCAAGGAAGCAUGAGGAAGAUGUCAAAAACUGUAUGAGGAUUCUGUGAGACAGAUACUGUCAUUAAUGUCAAGAUGCAGAAUGUUAAUGUUAUCAUUAUUGAAGAAGCAACACAGAGAGUUUACACUGGAAUUAGCUGUUCCUGAACGUCUAUAACAUUUGCGGAAGCUUGGAAGUGUCUGCGUUAAGUUUAUGAGGAUCAUGGCUCAGAGGUGGUAAAUGUACUAGGUUACGCCAUCAUUGAUUUUGGUACUGCAUUCUACCACAAUUGAGUGUUGUGUCAUGUGUUUUGGAAGUUAAGUAAAGCUACACGCGAAGUAUGUUAUAUUCAAGUUCCAGAGGAUUUGAUAUACAAGACAGAAAACUAGAAGUGACAGAGUGAACACUAUGUUCGUUGGUUGGCUGUGCAAGUAUGUUGGUGAAUGCGCCAGAGAAAGGAAAUGUGCGCCAGCUGGAAGAAGUGUGUGAAGCUGGGUUCUCAAGAGUAACCAUUCAUGCAGAGGAGAUAGGCUAUUGAGUUUGAACUGGAUCAGAGUCUCUCCACAAAUUGUGCAUGUUUCCCCUCUACUUUCUGUAUCAUUAUCAGUUUCGAAAGACACAGCAACCUUUUUCUUCACUUGGCCUUGGAAGUUUAACCUUUGUGAAAACUUUUGGAAAGGUGAUAGAAGAAUGGAAAUUAGAGAAACAUCUGCAAUCGAUAUGCAUUUAUGCAACAGAGGCAACAGCAUUGCUUCAGGAAUUUGUCAAUCCAAUGAUGGUCUUCUAGAGAGCACUUGCAAUACAGACACCUGUCAAGUAGAGGGUGUCUCAUCUCCAAAAGAAGGAUGCACUAGAAGACAGUAUCAGCUAGAGAAAUCAAGUUCUGAAGCUCCAUCUGAUAAUGUUUCUUCAGCAGAAAAUUCCAUUUCUCUCAUGAUUGCACAUGCAGACUCUUCUGUUGAGUUACAAUACAUUGAAGCACUCAAACAAGAGAAUGGCUUGAAGCUUCCCAAUACAGAGGUAGUCGUAACAGCAAGGUCUCUGGAACACAUAACAUCUUAUCAUGAGUUCUUUGACAUAGACUUGUACAUGAAUAAUCUCUCAACAAACCAGUUUGGAAGGCUUCUUAUUUGGUCCCCACGUUUGCCUUCGACUCACACCUUGCUUUCUCAAAACUUCCAUGCUUUUCCUCUUGGCACUGCAUGUGUGGCAGAUACCCAGUUUCAGGGCAAAGGUCGUGUAAACAAUUUGUGGGAAUCUCCUGUGGGCUGUAUGAUGUUUUCCUUUACCCUAGCAAUGGAGAAUGGUCGUGUAUUGCCACUUCUUCAAUAUGUUGUUUCUCUUGCAGUGAUUGAAGCAAUUGAGAGAGUGUGUGAAACAAAGUGUGCACCGAUUCCCAAUGUGAGGAUCAAAUGGCCCAAUGAUAUUUAUGCGAAUGGCUUAAAAGUUGGAGGCGUCCUUUGCACUUCUACCUACAGUUCCAAAAAAUUCAGUGUCACAAUUGGCAUUGGAUUGAAUCUAGAUAAUGAGAAACCUACAACAUGUUUGAAUGCAUUACUACAAGAUCUAACAAGUUAUUCACAUUUGAUAAGGAGGGAAGAGCUUCUAGCAGCUUUUUUUGGAAGAUUUGAGGUUCUUUUAGAUAUUUUCCUCAGACAAGGUUUUUCAACCCUUGAGAGCAAGUACUAUGACAAGUGGUUGCACAGCGGACAAAGGGUGUUGCUAGAGGAAAGAGAUCAGCAAAACCUUGGUCCGUCAAAUGUUUUUGUUACAGUUAAGGGUUUAACUUCAUCUGGAUAUUUACUGGCAACUGAUGAUGAGAACAAUAAAUAUGAGCUUCAUCCGGAUGGAAAUAGCUUUGAUUUCUUUAAAGGUUUAGUGAGGAAAAAAUUUGCAGAGUGACCAACAAGAUUCAACACGAGAUCUAAUAUAUAUUACCAGGUUGUGCUUUGAAGGUAGAGAAAGAGAAGACAAAGAAUCUACCCAGCUGAUAGAUAUAUUCUUUAUCAACCUAGCUGAUAGAUAUGUGUGAUUGUAUGCCAUAUUCAUUAUCAAGUUCUCAUUCCAACCAUAGCUAUACAAUAAAUAGAUACUAAUGUGAAAUGCCAUCCCCCAGGUCUUUUAUUUAUGUAUAUGAAUUUUCAAUUUAGAUGUUGGAAACGUUUAGUUGUUAAAAAUGCGUUAUCUUUACCUCCAAGUCAAGUUGGAGAAUGAUACAAAAAAAUACAUUUCUAUCGGUUUCCUUUCACUCGAUUUAGUGCUUUGAUCUAUCAUUUAUUUAUUUUUAGUCAUUAUUAAGUCAACAAUUUGUAUUUGAGAAAAAGACACAAGUUUCUAUGAAUACAGUUAUAUCUCAUGGAUGCAUUUGGCCA